UUUUUAUUUCAAUUGGAGGGCAAAGAUGGACAACUGACUGACGCUCGAGAAGGGAAUAUAAAUUCAGAGCUGUCCAUUGCAAGACAUCCUAAAGAGUAUGGAAAACCAGAAGAAGUCCGGAAGAAAAGGGUGAUCUUGAUUUAAAUAUAUUUUUUAUUACAACUGUUCAUCUCUGUCAUGACAAUAGCGCAAUUCUGGUUUGAAGUUGAUUUAUAGGUAUUUAAAAUGUUGCUUUCUUUGUCAUGGUCAGCUUCAAGAGCUCCAAGAAAAGCAGAGGUUGUCAAGAGAACAGGAGCUGAUGAAGAGGAGGAGUCUGGACAGUUUUCAGAGAGAUAUUCUUCAGCGACAAAGAGAGUUUGAGCAGAGGGUAAUUUAACUAGUGUGAUUAUAGUCUAUUUGGUGAGUCAAGGAAGACCAGCUUUCCCAAUGCUGUUUUUUUUACUGAAUGAGAGCUUGUCAUGAGUGUUUUUGUGUUCUGUUUGCAGGAAACUGAAAUGCAGUGUUUAGAGAAGCAUGUCAAUUUUGAAAAUGAGAAUUCAAGAAAGGCGUACUACAGGGAAUUCAAAAAGGUACGUUUUCUUUCCGAUUGUCUGAGUGCACGGUAACACUGCAGUAUUGCACUUGAGUGAUGAUACCCAUUUAUUUACAUUACAUUUCUUUACAAGUAGAGCAGAGGGGUAUACUACAUACGUAGCUAGAUGUACCAGGCUAUUCUGAAAUUAGCUAGCUUCAGUUAGUUUUACAUUCCAGCUCAGGCUUCAUCUGUACUACGAUGGUGGCUAUUGCUCGUUUUCAUUUUUGCCCGAAAUGACGGCAGACUGGGCGAGGUGACUGGCUUCUACCCCUGCCGUAGUUGUGCGGCAUGUAGGGAUUCCGGUAAAAAAAAGUGAGCGUAUUCAGAAGCUCUGCCACUGGCAAACAAUACACUAUCACAGUUCCUCACAUGCAGCUCUUCUAACAUCAUAUACAUUAUCUCUUGUCCAUGCAAUAAGCAAUACGUGGGCAAAACCAGUAGAUAGAUAAGAACACAUAUUAUAGAACACAAGCGUGCUGUAAGGAGAAAUUGCACAUAAUUUCUCAGUCUCCGCCGUGUCCUUCUGUACUAUAUAGCUGAUAAAACAUUCACAUAGGGGUGGUAAUCUUUAACUUAGUCUUCUCCAGACAGAAUGCAGGUGGAUGUUUAAAAACUCCACCCAUCAGGCAUGAAUGAAGAAUUGUUAUUGAAGUGUUUACUGUAACUGGUAUAUUGCCUCUAAUUGGUGUUCGAUACCUCCAUCUAGUGGUAUCUCUUGCGCCCUACUCUUACGAUCCUGUAUUAUUUAUUCUGAGGAAUUCUUCACAUGGUAUAUGUAAAAGCAAUAAUUGAUGAUAUUUCGCUGUCCGCUUUUGUAUAUUUUGUAUAUAAUUUAGAUCAUGCAUUCUAUUGUACUAGGUACUGAUUCAUAGAUUUACAUUUUAGUCAUUUAGCAGACGCUCUUAUCCAGAGCGACUUACAGUUAGUGAGUGCAUACAUGUUUUUUUAUUUUAUACUGGCCCCCCAUGGGAAUCGAAUCCACAACCCUGGCGUUGCAAGCGCUAUUGCUCUACUUUCUUGCACUAUGAUUUUUUUGGGCACCAUGAUGUUUUAAUAAAUAUGUUUAUUUUGCAUUCAGGCCUCCGUUUUGGAUUUAUUCAUUUUUUUUGAUAGUGUGCGGGUCUCCAUCUUUUCCAGUAUUUUUAUUUUGAAUCCUAUGCACCUGGAACAGACAUUAUUCAGUAGUAAGGACCUUAAAAGAGCGCAGAUGGCCUCUUAUCAUUUUUGCCGAAAUCAACAUGAAAGAAAAGUUAUCUUGCAAAUUCAGCUGCUAUGGUGUGGAAUAGGUUGCUAGAAGUGCCGUCUUUCUUUUAUUAUGUAUCUUUAAUGCAGUCUUUGGUGUGCUUAUCAAUACAUGCUUAUCAAUGCACACUGCAUAUUCCUAUUGAUAAAAUAAUUGUAUAACGUCAUAGAAAAGUUUGACUGUGCGUGAACUUUGAAAUGCAUCCUGUCAUUACAAAAAAUGUAAUGUGAUAGGUAUUUUAAUGACUAUUUUUAAACACAUUUGAUUAAUAAAUAUUUAAUCGGUCGUAUUCCUCAAAUGAAGGGGACGAUGCAAUGUUUGCGAAAGGGAGGAAUCCCAUUGAAUUGGUCCUCAACUCACGGCUCAUAAACUUCAUUCAGGGUAAAUGGAGUUAGCCGGUUAGUUGUGAAGCAUUCGGUGCCAUGGAAAUGUACCUGGCUAAAAGGUGAGCCACUUUUGUGGUACCCGUUAUCCCGAGUUGAACUCAGUUGACCAAAGUUACCUCUAACUCCUCAAACCAGGUACAUAAUAUACCCCUCUGGUCUGCUGGAGAAGGGUACCUGUAUGUAGUGCUUGUAAUAAUGUGUUGUAUUCCCUGUUCUGUAUAAAAGGUGGUUGAGGCCUCUGAUGUGGUUCUGGAGGUUCUGGAUGCCCGUGACCCUCUUGGCUGCCGUUGUCCUCAGGUGGAGCAGGCUGUCAUUCAGAGUGGCGCUGACAAGAAAAUUGUUCUAGUGCUUAACAAGAUUGGUGAGUGAUUAAAAGAGAUUAAUGAAUAUGCAUGGCUUUAUACAUUAGAAAGCCUUGGUGCCAGAUAUCUGUAAUUGACAGACAUGGCUUUCCACUAUACUCUUAGACCUGGUGUCCAAGGAGAUUGUUGAGAAAUGGAUCAAGUAUCUUCGCAAUGAAUUUCCCACUGUGGCUUUCAAAGCCUCAACCCAGCAACAGAACAAGAAUUUGGUGAGUCAGACAAUUCAGAACAUCAUAUGUAGAACAUGCUCAGCAUCACUUACUGAAAUAAAUUGUGCCAUUCAAGUUUCAUACAAUAUUUCUGGUUUUACUAUUAAGCAAUAAUGCCCACUGUACUAGAUGCUAACUGAAUACACUUUGUUCAGGUAGCAUCUAGUAACUAUACUUAUGUGUUUUCCAUUUGCAGAAGCGAAGCAAUGUACCAGUGAACCAGGCCACCGCUGAGCUCCUGGGUAGCAGUGCCUGUGUGGGCGCGGAAUGCCUGAUGAAACUUUUGGGGAACUACUGCCGCAACCUAGACAUUAAGACGGCCAUCACUGUUGGUGUGGUGGGUGGGUACAGCAUACAUUUUUGUCAUUCCCAACUUUUCAAACUGGCAAAGGUUGCAAAAAUAUUUUUUAAAAUCUUUUUCAGGCUUUCCCAAUGUUGGAAAGAGCAGUCUGAUAAACAGUUUGAAGCGGGCACGUGCAUGCAAUGUUGGAGCCACACCUGGCGUAACCAAGUAAGUACAGAGCUUGUGCCUUUAUUUAUGUCUAGGCCUACAUGUUCGUUCCUUGCUUGUCUGACCUGUAUGAUGGCUUUUAGGUGCCUUCAGGAAAUACACUUGGACAAGCACAUCAAACUUUUAGAUUGUCCUGGCAUUGUCAUGGCAACCUCGACGACUGACGCAGCCAUGAUCCUUCGGAAUUGUGUAAAGAUUGAGCAGCUUGUAGACCCUCUACCUCCAGUCGAAGCCAUCUUAAGACGCUGCAAUAAGACACAGGUAUCCAAAUAAUCUUUAACGGCAUAUUAACUGCAAAGCAGUGACAUAUUUUUACGUCCGUGUUGUCAUAGUCUUUCAUUUUGUUUUCCAUAGAUCAUGGAACACUAUGGUGUUACUGACUUCCACACAGCUCUAGAGUUCCUGGCUUUGUUGGCACGGCGACAGGGCAAGUUGAGGAAGGGAGGUGUGCCUGAUAAUGACAAGGCGGCAAAGAGUGUCCUAAUGGACUGGACAGGGUGGGUUCAAACUGCAAAAACAUUUGAAUACGUCUGAGGUUCUCAAAGCAACACCAUCCCUUCCUAAUAAAGUCACAUCACUGGGGCCAAGCUACCUGCCAUCCAGGACCUCUAUACCAGGCGGUGUCAGAGGAAGGCCCUAAAAAUUGUCGAAGACUCCAGCCACCCUAGUCAUAGACUGUUCUCUCUGCUGCCUCACGGCAAGCGGUACCAGAGCGCCAAGUCUAGAUCCAAAAGGCUUCUUAACAGCUUCUACAGUGAGGGAAAAAAGUACUUGAUCCCCUGCUGAUUUUGUACGUUUGCCCACUGACAAAGAAAUGAUCUGUCUAUAAUUUUAAUGGUAGGUUUAUUUGAACAGUGAGAGACAGAAUAACAACAAAAAAAUCCAGAAAAACGCCAAAAAUGUUAUAAAUAGAUUUGCAUUUUAAUGAGGGAAAUAAGUAUUUGACCCCCUCUCAAUCAGAAAGUUUUCUGGCUACCAGGUGUCUUUUUAUACAGGUAACGAGCUGAUAUUAGGAGCACACUCUUAAAGGGAGAAACACAAAAUAACUGUCAGUCUCCCUCGGCCUGGGGCUCCAUGCAAGAUCUCAUCUCGUGGAGUUGCAAUGAUCAUGAGAACGGUGAGGAAUCAGCCCAGAACUACACGGGAGGAUCUUGUCAAUGAUCUCAAGGCAGCUGGGACCAUAGUCACCAAGAAAACAAUUGGUAACACACUAUGCCGUGAAGGACUGAAAUCCUGCAGCGUCCGCAAGGUCCCCCUGCUCAAGAAAGCACAUAUACAUGCCCGUCUGAAGUUUGGCAAUUAACAUCUGAAUGAUUCAGAGGAGAACUGGGUGAAAGUGUUGUGGUCAGAUGAGACCAAAAUUGAGCUCUUUGGCAUCAACUCAACUCGCCGUGUUUGGAGGAGGAGGAAUGCUCCCUAUGACCCCAAGAACACCAUCCCCACUGUCAAACAUGGAGGUGGAAACAUUAUGCUUUGGGGGUGUUUUUCUGCUAAGGGGACAGGACAACUUCACCGCAUCAAAGAGACGAUGGACGGGGCCAUGUACCAUCAAAUCAUGGGUGAGAACCUCCUUCCCUCAGCCAGGGCAUUGAAGAUGGGUCGUGGAUGGGUAUUCCAGCAUGACAAUGACCCAAAACACACGGCCAAGGCAACAAAGGAGUGGCUCAAGAAGAAGCACAUUAAGGUCCUGGAGUGGCCUAGCCAGUCUCCAGACCUUAAUCCCAUAGAAAAUCUGUGGAGGGAGCUGAAGGUUUGAGUUGCCAAACGUCAGCCUCGAAACCUUAAUGACUUGGAGAAGAUCUGCAAAGAGGAGUGGGACAAAAUCCCUCCUGAGAUAUGUGCAAACCUGGUGGCCAACUACAAGAAACGUCUGACCUCUGUGAUUGCCAACAAGGGUUUUGCCACCAAGUACUAAGUCAUGUUUUGCAGAGGGGUCAAAUACUUAUUUCCCUCAUUAAAAUGCAAAUCAAUUUAUAACAUUUUUGACAUGCGUUUUUCUGGAAUUUUGUUGUUGUUAUUCUCUCACUGUUCAAAUAAACCUACCAUUAAAAUUAUAGACUGAUCAUUUCUUUGUCAGUUGGCAAACGUACAAAAUCGGCAGGGAAUCAAAUACUUUUUUCCCUCACUACCCCCAAGCCAUAAUACUCCUGAACAGCUAAUCAUGGCUACCCGGACUAUUUGCAUUGACUCUGUACCGGUACCCCCUGUAUAUAGCCUCCCUACUGAUAUUUUCUACUUAUCUCUUUUUUUACUUAACACUUUAUUUUCUUCUUAAAACUGCAUUGUUGGUUAAGGGCUUGUAAGUAACCAUUUCACUGUAAGGUCUACACCCGUUGUAUUUGGCUCAUGUGGCAAAUUUGAUUUGACAUUAUUCUGUUUAAUUUACGGUCUUGUAGGGGUAGGAUCAGCUACUUUACACACCCCCCGGAGACGCACACUCUUCCCACUCAUGUCUGUGCUGAGAUUGUGGCAGAGAUGGGCAAAGCUUUUGACUGGGAGGAACUGGAGAGGGGAAACCAGGAAGUGCUAGCUGGUAGGAUGCGCAUGCAUUUUAUACUUACCUAGUAAUUGAAAAGUUGUAUUAGGAACAAAACGUAUGUGCUAAAAGUUUGUUUCUCUUGUAGUGUCUUCUUGCCCUGAUGUCCAAAUGGGUUUCUGCAUGGCAACCUCUGGGAUGACUCAGGGUGAUCAAGAAGACCCACCUUGUGACCUGGAAAUGGAAGGUGGAGCUUUGUAUGAGGUUGAGUCCAAGGAUGAAACGGAAUCCAUGGAUGAUUAUCAGGACCCUGAGGUAUUGCAGUGCUUUUACUUACUACAGGAACUUAUCUUGUGAACUCCCCAUUUUUUUAUGCCUACUGAACUAGGGCUGACCUAAUUUAGUCGACUGGUCGAUUGUUUGGUCGAUAGGCUGUUGGUCGACCAAGAUUUCUUUAGUCGAGCAGUAGCAACAACAAUUUUUUUUUUAUUGAUAGAUAGAUAUAUACAGUACCAGUCAAAAGUUUGGACACACCUACUAAUUCCAGGGUUUUUCUUUAUUUUUACUAUUUUCUACAUUGUAGAAUAAUAAUAAAGACAUCAAAACUAUGAAAUAUCACAUGGAAUCAUGUAGGAACCAAAAAAGUGCUAAACAAAUCAAAAUAUCUUAUAUUUGAGAUUCUUCAAAUAGCCACCCUUUGCCUUGAUGACAGCUUUGCACACUCUUGGCAUUCUCUCAACCAGCUUCACCUGGAAUGCUUUUCCAACAGUCUUGAAGGAGUUCCCACAUAUGCUGAGCACUUGUUGGCUGCUUUUCCUUCAUUCUGCCGUCCGACUCAUCCCAAACCAUCUCAAUUGGGUUGAGGUCAGGGGAUUGUGGAGGCCAGGUCAUCUGAUGCAGCACUCCAUCACUCUGGUAAAAUAGCCCAUACACAGCCUGGAGGUGUUGGGUUAUUGUCCUGUUGAAAAUCAAAUGAUAGUCCCACUAAGCCCAAACCAGAUGGGAUGGCGUAUUGCUGCAGAAUGCUGUGGUAGCCAUGCUGGUUAAGUGUGCCUUGAAUUCUAAAUAAAUCACAGACAGUGUCACCAGCAAAGCACCACCACACCAUAACACCAGCUCCUCCAUGCUUUACAGUGGGAAAUACACAUGUGGAGAUCAUCCGUUCACCCACACCGCAUCUCACAAAGACUGCAUCCAUAAUGCAAUGUGAUUUUAGUCCCGUCUUCUGAUAAUACUAGUCCUGUGCGAGUCGACGUCCCUGUGUUUUGAGAGUGAGUUUGACAGGUGUCGCUCGCGAUUUGUGCAAGAAAACUAUAACUUAUUCGCUGCGCAUAAGAUAGGCUAUAUGUAGGCCAUUUAUAUGUCAACUUUCACAGUGAAUGCUUUUGAGCCUAUUAAUGCAACCCUUGCUGUUAAGAUUGCAAAGCAGCAUACAACUGAAAUAAUGGAAAUUCAAAUAAUAUGGCGACACUAUACCAAAGAUGGUUUGGUAUGGUUUAGAAACUUGGGAACCAAGCUCGAGUUAUCAGUGUGGCCCUAUCACCUUCACAUGUUGAAAUACUGUAUCUUCACGCCUAGAAUAAAAACCUCCAGGCUUCUAUCAUUACUACAUUUAUAAAAAAUAAAGAAUUACGGAAUCAGUUUGGGAAAAAAACAAAUCCCGUCCGAAUCGUCCUCUGGAAUAACCAACGUUCUCUAGUAAUAAUAGUCCCGUGCAAAUAGGUAUUUGGUCACGCGUAUGCGAUGCAUACUGUACAUGUGUCACGUUGAGGGAAUAGUGCGGGAUUUCGGUAAUGAAACUUUUCAGUCAAAAAUGGCUGAAAUGUAUGUAUGUUGCAGCUUCAGAAACAGGGACAGCGUGAUAAACACUGAUGUUCUGUGGUGGUCGCUGCAGUAGGGAGGCGAGAGAGACAACGGGUGCUAGUCACAGUCACUCGCUGUCUUUGUCUAUUUUUUCUUUUGUUUUUUCACAGCGCAGAAAGUCUGAGCCCGGCCUGGCACAAUCAAAUCAAUGGCUGGUCGGACUCCCUCUAGUCCUUUGUGUGUCUUAAUUAUUUAAUCAAACAGUGUGCUUAAAGCAUCAGACAAGCUCAGUGAAUAUAGUUGAUUAGAUUAAAACACACAGGAUGUGUCAAUAUAUAUGGAAAAAUACACGUUUUAAAAUUUCAACAGGUGGAGACAUUACCGUGAAAUGCUUACUUACAGCCCUUAACCAACAAUGCAUUUAUUUCUUAAUAAAAAAGUAAAAUAAAACAACAACAAAAAAGUGUUGAGAAAAAAAGAGCAGAAGUAAGAUAAAAUAACAAUAGAGAGGCUAUAUACAGGGGGGUACCGGUGCAGAGUCAAUGUGGGGGGGCACCGGCUAGUUGAGGUACUAUGUACAUGUGGGUAGAGUUAAAGUGUAUGCAUAAAUAGUUAACAGAGUAGCAGCAGCGUAAAAAGAUGGGGUGGGGGUGCAAAUAGUCCGGGUAGCCAUGAUUAGCUGUUCAGGAGUCUUAUGGCUUGGGGGUAGAAGCUGUUGAGAAGCCUUUUGGACCUAGACUUGGCGCUCCGGUACCGCUUGCCGUGCGGUAGCAGAGAGAACAGUCUAUGACUAGGGUGGAUGGAGUCUUUGACAAUUUUGAGUUCCUUCCUCUGACACCGCCUGGUAUAGAGGUCCUGGAUGGCAGGAAGCUUGGCCCCAGUGAUGUACUGGGCCGUACACACUACCCUCUGUAGUGCCCUGUGGUCGGAGGCCGAGCAGUUGCCAUACCAGGCGGUGACGCAACCAGUCAGGAUGCUCUCGAUGGUGCAGCUGUAGAAUGUUUUGAGGAGCUGAGGACCCAUGCCAAAUCUUUUCAGUCUCCUGAGGGGGAAUAGGCUUUGUCGUGCCCUCUUCACGACUGUCUUGGUGUGUUUGGACCAUGAUAGUUCGUUGGUGAUGUGGACAACAAGGAACUUGAAUCUCUCAACCUGUUCCACUACAGCCCCGUCGAUGAGAAUGGGGGCAUGCUCAGUCCUCUUUUUUUCCCUGUAGUCCACAAUCAUCUCCUUUGUCUUGGUCACGUUGAGGGAGAGGUUGUUAUCCUGGUACCACACGGCCAGGUCUCUGACCUCCUCCCUAUAGGCUGUCUCAUCGUUGUCGGUGAUCAGGCCUACCACUGUUGUGUCGUCGGCAAACUUAAUGAUGGUGUUGGAAUCGUGCCUGGCCAUGCAGUCAUGGGUGAACAGGGAGUACAGGAGGGGACUGAGCACGCACCCCUGAGGGGCCCCCGUGUUGAGGAUCAGCGUGGCAGAUGUGUUGUUACCUACCCUUACCACCUGGGGGUGGCCCGUCAGGAAGUCCAGGAUCCAGUUGCAGAGGGAGGUAUUUAGUCCCAGGAUCCUUAGCUUAGUGAUGAGCUUUGAGGGCACUAUGGUGUUGAACGGUGAGCUGUAGUCAAUGAAUAGCAUUCUCACGUAGGUGUUCCUCUUGUCCAGGUGGGAAAGGGCAGUGUGGAGUGCAAUAGAGAUUGCAUCAUCUGUGGAUCUGUUGGGGCGGUAUGCAAAUUGGAGUGGGUCUAGGGUUUCUCGGAUAAUGGUGUUGAUGUGAGCCAUGACCAGCCUUUCAAAGCACUUUUUAAAUUUUUACAUUUUUAGUCAUUUAGCAGACGCUCUUAUCCAGAGCGACUUACAGUUAGUGAGUGCAUACAUUAUUUUAUUUUUUUCAUACUGGCCCCCCGUGGGAAUCGAACCCACAUCCCUGGCGUUGCAAACGCCAUGCUCUACCAACUGAGCUACAGUUGGCUACAGACGUCAGUGCUACUGGUCGGUAGUAAUUUAGGCAGGUUAUCUUAGUGUCCUUGGGCACAGGGACUAUGGUGGUCUGCUUGCCAUACCAAACCAGCACAUGGUCGGAGUACACGUCCUGGUAAUCCGUCUGGCCCUGCGGCCUUGUGAAUGUUGACCUGCUUAAAAGUCUUACUCACAUCGGCUAUGGAGAGUGUGAUCACAUAGUCAUCCGGAACAGCUGGUGCUCUCAUGCAUGCUUCAGUGUUGCUUGCCUCGAAGCGAGCAUAGAAGUGGUUUAGCUCGUAUGGUAGGCUUGUGUCACUGGGCAGCUCGCGGCUGUGCUUCCCUUUUGUAGUCUGUAAUAGUUUUCAAGCCCUGCCACAUCCGACGAGCGUCAUAGCCGGUGUAGUACGAUUCAAUCUUAGUCCUGUAUUGACUCUUUGCCUGUUUGAUGGUUCGUCGGAGGGCAUAGCGGGAUUUCUUAUAAGUGUCCGGGUUAGAGUCCCGCUCCUUGAAAGCGGCAGCUCUACCCUUUAGCUCAGUGUGGAUGUUGCCUGUAAUCCAUGGCUUCUGGUUGGGAUAUGUACGUACGGUCACUGUGGGGACGACGUCAUCGACGCACUUAUUGAUGAAGCCAGUGACUGAUGUGGUGUACUCCUCAAUGCUAUCUGAAGAAUCCCGGAACAUGUUCGUCUGUGCUAGCAAAAUAGUCCUGUAGCUUAGCAUCUGCGUCAUCUGGCCACUUUUUUAUUAACCAAGUCACUGGUGCUUCCUGCUUUAGUUUUUGCUUAUAAGCAGGAAUCAGGAGGAUAGAGUUAUGGUCAGAUUUGCCAAAUUGAGGGCGAGGGAGAGCUUUGUAUGCGUCUCUGUGUGAAGUAAAGGUGGUCUAGAGUUUUUUUUCCUCUGGUUGCACAUUUAACAUUCUGGUAGAAAUUAGGUAGAAUGGAUUUAAGUUUCCCUUCAUUAAAGUCCCCGGCCACUAGGAGUGCUGCCUCUGGAUGAGCGUUUUCCUGUUUAGUUAUGGCCUUGUGACGCUUGGUCACAAGAUGUAUUUUUUGUCGGGGACAGCCCUAAACUGAACACAACCCAGAUGACCAUGUAUUGUUUCAUUUUUACAGUAGUAUUAUGACUUGGGCUGGGGCCCACUUCAAAGUCCUUUGAUGAAUUGAAUCGUAUUAUAAACUGGAUGAUUCGAGCCCUGAAUGCUUAUUGGCUGAAAGCUGUGGUAUAUGAGACCGUAUACCACGGGUAUGACAAAUCUAUUUUUACUGUUCGAAUUACAUUUGUAACCAGUUUAUAAUAGCAAUAAGGCACCUUGGGAGUUUGUUAUGGCCAAUAUACCACGGCUAAGGGCUGUAUCCUAAGAACAGCCCUUAGCCAUGGUAUAUUGGCCAUAUACCACACCCCCUCUGGCCUUAGUGGUUAAAUAUAUCUUUGUCUCUUUCACACAAGUUUGGAUCUAUGACUGUGGAGAUAAAAGCGCAAAGGGCAAAGACUGGUGGUUCAGCUGAUGCUGCUGCCCCCAAGGCUGUGGAUUUAAAGGAUAUCUUGAAUGUAGACCCUCUUCAGCAGGGCCAAGCACUCAUGGCUGCUGGGAAGAAAAGGAAGAAACAACAGAAAAGAGCUGGUAUGUCUUAUGUUCUAACACUAACAUUUUGUUGGGUAAAUCAUUGGUUUGUAGAUCACUUGACAAUCCUAUUUUGUUACUUUGAGGUUAACUUGGAUAUGUUUAUUUUUAUUACUACUGUAAUUGAUAGGUUUAUCCAAUUUCUCAUUUUUAUUUUCAGACAGAAUUGCUACCAAACUCUCAGACAGCCUGACUACAGCAAUGAACUUCGCAUUUUCAGAUGGAUGAAAAAUAAAAGGUAAUCUAAGACGAGGUGUUUUUUUAUUAUAUAUCUGUUCAGUCGAUAUUGUCAUAACCCUA